CAGCCAGCCAGAGGGCCCCUGGCUCAAAACCUAGGACUCAAAACCUAGGACUGCACCAUCCCUGGGAGUCUGUGCAAGCCUCCCCAAGAUGAAGCUGCCAGGCCAGGAAGAGUUUGAAGUCUCCAGUGCUUGUGAAAAUGUGCCCACAGGAGAGCUGGAGAAUGGCCCUGGCUCUUGCCCCAGCCCUGACGGCACCUCAGACACAGACAGAGGGGAUCAGGGGAUACCCACGGACCCUCUGCUCUUCAUUCAGCUGAAUGAACUUCUGGGCUGGCCCCAGGCACUGGAGUGGAGAGAGACAGGCAGGUGGGUGCUGUUUGAGGAGAAGCUGGAGGUGGGUGCAGGCCGGUGGAGUGUCCCUCAUGUGCCCACCCUGGCACUGCCCAGCCUUCAGAAGCUCCGCAGCCUACUGGCCGAGGGCCUUGUGCUGCUGGACUGUCCAGCUCAGAGCUUCCUGGAGCUCGUGGAACAGGUGACAAGAGUGGAGUCGCUGAGCCCAGAGCUGAGAGGGCAGCUGCAGGCCUUACUGCUGCAGAGACCCCAGCAUCUCAUCCAGCCCACAGGCACCAGGCCCUGCCAGGGGUCUGCUCAUCCAGGAGAGGCUUCUCACAAUGAGGAAGCCCCGCUGAAGGAACAGCGUCAGAACCCUCUGAGACGGAAGCUGCCUCAAGGGGCUGAGGCAGGGGCUGUGCUGGCAGGAGAGUUGGGCUUCCUGGUACGGCCCCUGGGGGCCUUUGUACGACUGCGGGAUCCAGUGGUGUUGGGGCCCCUCACUGAGGUGCCCCUUCCCAGCAGGUUUUUCUGUCUCCUCCUUGGUCCCUCCACACUGGGAAGGGGCUAUCAUGAGAUGGGCCGGGCCAUGGCCGUCCUCCUCAGUGACCGGCAAUUCCAGUGGUCAGUUCGUCGGGCCAGCAGCCUUCAUGACCUUCUGGCAGCCUUGGAUGCCUUCCUAGAGGAGGUGACAGUGCUUCCUCCAGGUCGGUGGGACCCGACAGCCCGGAUCGCCCCACCCAAAUGUCUGCCUUCCCAGCACAAAAGGCUCCUCUCACAACUGAGGGAGGUCAAGGGCCCAUCUGCCCAGCAUGGGGCCCUGGCUGAGGACAGACAUGGUCACUGGCCACAUGUGCCCAGCCCAGAGUUACAGUGGACAGGCAGGCUGUUUGGGGGCCUUGUCCAGGAUGUGCGUCGGAAGGCCUUGUGGUACACCAGUGACUUCCUGGACGCGCUGCAUCCCCAGUGCUUCUCGGCUGUGCUCUACAUCUACCUGGCCACCAUCACUAACGCCAUCACUUUUGGGGGUCUGCUGGGGGAAGCCACCGAUGGUGCUCAGGGGGUGCUGGAAAGUUUUCUGGGCACUGCAGUGGCUGGAGCUGCUUUCUGCCUGUUGGCUGGCCAGCCCCUCACCAUCCUCAGCAGCACGGGGCCAGUGCUGGUCUUUGAACGCCUGCUCUUCUCCUUCAGCAGAGAUUACAGCUUGGACUACCUGCCUUUCCGCCUAUGGGUGGGCAUCUGGGUGGCCACCUUUUGUCUGGCACUAGUGGCCACAGAGGCCAGCGUGCUGGUACGCUACUUUACCCGCUUCACCGAAGAAGGCUUCUGUGCCCUCAUCAGCCUCAUCUUCAUCUACGAUGCUGUUGGCAAAAUGCUGAGCUUGACCAGUGCCUAUCCCAUCCAGAGCCCUGGCUCUCCUGCCUACGGCUGCUUAUGCCAGUACCCAGACCUGGGAGGAAAUGAGUCUCAGUGGAAGGAGACAGAACCAAAAGACAGAGAUGACAUCUCAAGCAUGGACCUAGGCCUGGUCAAUGCCUCCUUGCUGCCCCCACCUGAGUGUGCCCGACGGGGAGGCCACCCUCGUGGUCCCGGCUGUCAUAUAGUCCCAGACAUCGCCUUCUUCUCUGUCCUCCUCUUCCUUACUUCUUUCCUCAUAGCCACGGCCCUCAAGCAUGUAAAGACAAGCCGCUUCUUCCCCUCUGUGGUGCGCAAAGUGCUCGGUGACUUCUCCUCAGUCCUGGCCAUGCUGCUGGGCUGUGGCCUCGAUUCCUUCCUGGGUCUAGCCACACCAAAGCUCAUGGUGCCCAGCGAGUUCAAGGCACUGGAAUGCUUUCAACCAGUUGUACAUGCACACGUACUGCUCCCACCUACCACCCAGGGUCUUGGAACUGGGCCCACACUCCCUGGGCGUGGAUGGCUGGUGUCACCUUUUGGAGCCAACCCCUGGUGGCUGAGUGUGGCAGCCGCCCUCCCUGCUCUGCUGCUGUCUAUCCUCAUCUUCAUGGACCAGCAGAUCACAGCGGUCAUCCUCAACCGUGCCGAAUAUAAACUGCGGAAGGGAGCUGGCUUCCACCUGGACCUCUUCUGUGUGGCUGUGCUGCUGCUGCUCACUUCAGUGCUUGGGCUGCCCUGGUAUGUCUCAGCCACAGUCAUCUCCCUGGCCCAUAUGGACAGUCUUCGGAGAGAGAGCACAGCUUGUGUCCUGGGGGAACCCCGCAGCUUCCUGGGCAUCAGGGAGCAGAGGCUGACAGGCCUGGUGGUGUUCAUCCUCACAGGAGCCUCCAUCUUCCUGGCACCUGUACUGAAGUUCAUCCCGAUGCCUGUGCUCUAUGGAAUCUUCCUGUACAUGGGAGUGGCAGCGAUUAGCAGCAUCCAGUUCACAAAGAGGGUACAGCUAUUAUUGAUGCCAGCAAAACACCAGCCAGACCUCCUCCUCUUGAGACAUGUGCCUCUGAGCAGGGUCCACCUCUUCACAGCUAUCCAGCUUGCCUGCCUGGGUCUGCUUUGGAUAAUCAAAUCUACUCCUGCAGCCAUCAUCUUCCCCCUCAUGUUGCUGGGCCUGGUAGGGGUCCGAAAGGCACUGGAGUGGGUCUUCUCACCACAGGAACUCCUUUGGCUGGACGAGCUGAUGCCAGAGAAGGAAAGGAACAUCCCUGAGAAGGGACUGGAGCCAGAGUACUCACUUAGUGGUGACACUGAAGAUUCAGAGCUGAUGUAUCAGCCAAGGGCUCCAGAAAUCAACAUCUCUGUGAAUUAGCUGGAGUAGGAGGAAUUUGGGAGUAGAGACUCCAGGAAACUGAGCAUGAGGUGAGGAUGUGAGGGAAGUGCCCCUGGAGUCAGGGAUGGGGAAGUGUGCGCUCAGACCUUGGAAACUUCCAGUGUGCUGACUAGCCUGUUUUGCCUUCAUGUUCCAGUCCUUCAUGAACCCCAAAGUAGAGGAGGGAAUAGAAUGGUCUCCCCAGAGGGAAGAAUGAAAUAAGCCAGGGCACCUGGGCUUGGCUCCCUGCGGCACUGAACUCUGGCCAGUAGAGGGAGCUGAAGCUCACACCAAAUUAGAUGUAGAGAUUGGGGGGGGGGGGUUGGUGGGAGGAAGGGGUAAGAUGAUGAAAGAAUGUAGGGAACUGGGGAGGAGAUGAAAGGAAGAUAAAUGUCCCUGCUGCUUUCCUUCGCCCUGGAGGCCACUUCCUUAGGCUGCUGAGAACCACACUCCAGACAAGUGGAGGGAUUCUGUCACUUGCCCACUUUGCCAUUCCUUCAAUUUUUAUUCCUCCACUUAUGAAAACAUUUUAUGAAUACUGUACUUAAGGAGUAUUUAGAUACUAGAGAGACAGGGGUAAGAUAAUCAUGGUCCCUAACUUCAUCAGUUUAAAUUCCACUGGGAAAGACCAACAGGCAAUUGUUGGAGUGGGAUAGAGGUGGCUAAGGGAAGCACCAGCUGUGGGAGCGGAGAGGCCUCUAAGCCCUUCUUGGAGGGUGGCGAAGGUGGGGUGGUGGGAGUUGGAGAAAAGGAAGGGGUGCAUAACUUGAAAUUUGAAGAAUGAAUAAACACUGUGCAGGAUAAGAUGGAGGGACAUGUUCUAGGCCGAGGGUGUGGCAUGUGCAAAAGCCUGGUGUUUUUCCCCUGUGAUAAGCUGAAUUUCUGGGGUCAUAGAACCCCCUUCUAUCCAUGCUUUUCCAAGCUCGAGAGUGCAAGAAGCCCCACCAUUUGCAAUGGAAAAUUCUAGAGGCCAGAGGGAGAAAGGGCAAUUCAGUGGCAAGCCCAGAAUAAGAUCCAAUUUUUCCUUAUCCCCUACCAACUCCUUUGCCUUGUUCUUUGCCCUACUGUGCCCCUGAACACUUGCUCUGACUCAACUAUGUCUUCUCUUCGUUCACAGGUGUUUACUCAGGAAGUUAGGACAUUGUUGGUUUUUGGCUUAACAGCCAGAUGUUCAGUCGUCUGGGAACAAUGGGGCAGGACUGGAGGGCAGCUGGCCAAGACUUGUAUUGCCCUCCUGAGCAGGAGGUAGAGAGUGGCAGGGAACAAGCAGGUCUGCUGGUAAGCCCUGAUGACUGACUAGGCCCUAUUCACUCUCUAUCCCAUUAAAGGGACCUGGAAGCCCUUCCUAUUUUAAACUUUCUGCCCUUACAAAUUCUUCUUUACAGAAUUGGGGGUCUUCAGCAAACUUUCUUCAGUUUGCAAAAGGGGAAAGAAAACUUUCCAGAAAAAUUAUUUCUCUAUUUAAAACAGUUUUCUAUACAUAAAAAAAAAAAAAACUUUACUGAUUUUUGACCACAAAAGUAAAUGAGGUUAUUGAAAAUAUCAAAACAUCAAAGACACAUAUAAUUUUGAAAUGAAAACCAUGACAGUGAUAACCAGUGUUCACAUUUUAGUGUAUAUUGUUCAGAUUUAUUUCAAGGGACACGUUAAUAUUUUUAUUAAAAUGGGAUUAUACUCUUGAGUUCUACAUGUUUGUCACUUAAUGUGAGUUGAAUAUGUUCCCCUGUUGGUACAUACAUUCUUUAUCUACCUCAUUCUUUUUGUAAUCUGCAUAGAAUGAAUAACCUUAUAAUCUGAAAAAGGUAUCAUAUACACAAGAGAGUAUAUAAAAUGUCUUCUGCAAGUACAAGAAUUUCUUCAGAGUAUAUACCUAGGAGUGAAAUUAAAGAGUAAUGAUAGAGCACUUGUGUAUGUCAGUUCAUCUGUGAAUUUUAAAGUUAAAAAUUAUAUUUAAUCUAGCAUCUAGCAUUUUAGUUGUUUUAGUCAGGAAGGCUAUUCAAAAAGUUUAAUCUAUACAAGGCCAGAAGUGGAAAUUCUUUUUUCUAUAAUGUUUUAUUUUUAAGUAAAUUCUCCCCCCAAUUUGGGGCUCAAACUCACAACCCCAAGAUCAAGAGUUGCACAUUCCACCAUGAACCAGCCAGGUGGCCCAGAAGUGGAAAUUUUGAAGGCUCUUUUUAGUGCCUUUUUUUUUUAAAGAUGUUGUUUUUUUAUUUUUUAUUUUUUUAUUUUUGAGAGAGCAAGAGUACCCAAGUGAGUGAGGGGGAGAGAGAGAGAGAGAGAGGGAGGGAGGGAGGGAGGGAGGGAGGGAGAGAGAGAGAGAGAGAGAAGUGGGUCUCACCUGGUGGGGCUUGAGUUCACCCAUGUGGGACUUGAACUCACUAACGGUGAGAUCAUGACCUGAGUCAAAGUGAGAUGUAUAAUGACUGAACCACACAGGUGCCCGGCUCUUCUAAAUGUUUUUUUAAAAAGGCUCCUAACAUUACAGCCUGAGUACCUAUUGAUUGAGAGAAAUAUAUACCAAAAGUAUAAUUUAAACUUAGAUAGUUAUGUAUUUUACUCAUUUCAGCAGCAUCUACAUAAUGUUGAAAACAUCUUUAUUUAGACUGAUUUAAACAUUCAACAAAUACUUACUGAACAUCAGCAAUGUCUUGUCAGAUAAAAUUUCUAACAUCAUGGAGUUUAUACUGAAAGACAGAAAUAACAAACAAAAAAUAACAUUAUCUGGGAUAAUGACAAGUACACUGAAGAAAAUCAGUAAUAUGAUAGGGCCUGGGAGAAGUUUACUAGAGAUGGAUGCUCAAGGGAGGCCUCUCUGAGCAGGUGAUCUUUAAGCUGGCACCUGCAUGACAAGGAACCAACUAAAUUAUCAUCUGCCUGCAGCCAAGACAUGGUAAACAGAGACAUGAAUUUAAGUGUCCUACAGUCCCCAGAUUGGGAACCACUGUCGUAAGGGGAAGACUAUGAGGUGAGCUCUGGCUUCAGAUGUAGCCCUUAGCUUGCUCAGUCCAGGCCAUGUGAGCCUGAAACAUUCCUUUCCUGGCUCUAACCCACAGUCUUCAGUUUUCUGUCAGUAAAAUUGGGCCACAGUCCUGAUUCUAGGGUGCUAUAAGAGUUAAUUGAUGCCUAUAACAUUUUUAAGAUGUUUAGAUGAAAAACUCAGGGCUGUAUGGAGGGUUAUUAGAGCCUCCCUAGCCCCAGGGAAAAUCUCUCCAUAUCAGUAACACAGGUCCUCUCUUCUCUAGUCUGUAGCUGUGGGACAAUGACUUUCACACUUUUGUGGGUAUUAGGUUGUUAUAAUGUGAAUUCCUUGGGCUCUUGGCCUGAGGUUCUGAUUUUCCCUGAGGUUCUGUGUCCUUCUGUCCCCUUGUCCAGGACCUCAUGUUUCCCAACACUCUAGAUUUCUGUCUUUGCAAAUGGACCAGAGUAUGUACUUGUCCAUAUAUACUGUGGUCAGAGACAUCUUAGGUCAUUUUUCCUAAGAGCAAUCAAGAGGAGACAUUGGGGAAGGCAGGAAUGUGUCUGUAUCUACUUCUCAAAUGUAGACCGAUAUUAGGAGGAGGAUUAGGAGAAACCUUUGAAUAAGAAGGGAGGAAUUGCCGACUGGUCGAAAAUGAGAAAAGAAGGUGAGUACAAGGAAAAUAAUCCUGGUGUGAGGCCAGUUCACUGCUUCUUACCUCUUUUCCUGGUGCUGAAUUCCACUAUAGGAGCUGUCCAGGAGUUGACAACAAAUUCCUUCAACAAAUACAUAUAUAUUAAAUGUCUAUUAUAUGCCAGGCAAUGUAGUCUAUUGUAUUACUAGGUGUAGGAAUUCAAUGUGAAAUAAGAUCUCUGCUUUCCUGGAGCUUCCAUUCUAGUAGGGGGAGGCAGCAAAUAAAUAAAUACAAUGAUAUAUAUGUAAGACUAUUUCAGACAGUGGUAAGUACAAUAAUACAAGAUAACAUAAUAAAGAGGGAGAGUUUGGCAAGUGACUGUCUUAGAUUGGGGGUUAGUAAGGGCCUCUCUGAGAAGAUAACAUUUGAGCAGAGACCUGAAUGACAAGAAGUCAGCCUUGGGAUUAGGGGAGAGGGAGUGGAGGGAAAGAAAGCAUUUUUUGGCCAAGGUAAUAUCAGUGCAAAGGCCCUCAGGCAGGAAGAGCUUCAGAAUGUUUGAGAAGGCCCACAGAGCUAGAGUGGAGGAGUGAGGGAGAGAACAGGGGAAGGUGAGGUUGAAAAAGAUGAGGAUCAGUGUGGUAGGCUAUAUAAUGAAUACUUUGAAAGAGGCAAUAUGGAUGAGGCCUUGUCCCUUUGGGUAAGAAUAGUAGAGGCCAACCUAGAACAGCCAAAACAAUCUUGAAAAUGAAGAACCAAGUUAUAGGACUCACAACCUCUGAUUUUCAAAAUUACUUCAAAGCUCCUAUAAUCAAGACAGUGUGGUACUUGCAUAAGGAAAUACAUACAGGAUUGACAGUCUAGGAACACAUACUCACACUUACGGUCAAUUGAUUUUUGAUGAGAAUGCCAAGACAACUCAAUGGUGAAAAAAAUAGUCUUUUCAACAAAUGGUUCUGGGAAAACUGGAUAUCUCCAUGCAAAAGAAAGAAGUUGGACACCUGCCUCAUACCAUAUGCAAUAAUUAACUCAAAAUGCAUCAAAAACUUAAAUAUAAGAGCUAAAACCAUCUCUUCUUAGAAGAAAAUAAGCCUUAAUCCUCAUGAUCUUGGACUUGGCAAUGGUUUCUUAGAAUGAUACCAAAACACAAGGAACAAAAUAAAAAAAUAAAUUAGACCUCAUAAAAAUUUUAAAACUUCUAUCCUCCAAAUGGCACUAUCUAGAAAGUGAAAACAACCAGCAGAAUGGGAGAAAAUACAUGUAAUUAUACAUCUGAUAAGGGACUUGUAUCUAGAAUAUAUUAAGAACUCUUACAACUCAAUAACAAGAAGACAAAUAACUCAAUUUAAAAAUAGGCAAGGGAAGGGGCACCUGGGGAGGCUCGGUGGUUGAGUGUCAGACUCUUGAUUUCGGCUCAGGUCAUGAUCCCAGGGUCAUGGGAUUGAGCCCUGUGUAAGGUUCCAUACUGAGCAUGGAGCCUGCUUGGGAUUCUCUUUCUCUCCUUCACUGGCGCAUGCUCUCUCUCUAAAAAAAAAAACAAACAAAAAAAAAACCCCAAAAACAAAACAAAACAAAAACAAAAACAAAGGAAGGGGCAUCUGGCUGGCUUAAUCAGUGGAUCAUGCGACUUUUGAUCUUAGGGUGGUGAGUUUGAGCCCCACAUUAGGUGAAGCACUUACUAAAAAAAAAAAAAAAAAAAAAAUAGACAAGGCCUCCAAAUAAACAUUUAUCUAAAGAAUAUAUAAUAAUGGGAGGACCUGGCUGGCUUAGUCAGAGGAGUGGGGUCACUUGACCUUGUGGUCAUGAGUUUGACCCCAUGUUGGGUAUAGAGAUUACUUU